AUUUCGAGAGAAAAGUUUGCCGAAUUACGUGAAGCGUUUCAAGCUCUUUCUCGAUCUGAGCAAGACAUAUUUUUAAUGGCCCAACUGAAAGCAAUGAAUGGCGGAAAAAUAACUGCCAGCCGACGUCUUAAAAAGAAAACGCGUACUAAUAAGCGAACGUUUUAUUGCAAUACGUCUCUUUGUCAGAAAACGUAUCUCAAUAUGUUAGGAAUUGGCCGCACUCACUUCGAAAACGUCAGAAACCAUCUCGCAACCAAUGGCAUAAUACCGUGUUCAUGGUAA